AUGUCGUACCACCUAGGUCUGCACCGAAUCGUGCUCUUUUAUUUGCCUAACCGAGACUACCACCAUUCACUCUCCGACCUUUCCAGCUCGCAGCUUUGGUCCUCCGUCGAUAACGUGCUUCUCUACAGUUUGUUAGAACUCAUAUCCUGGAUCAUAGUUGUCGUCGUGCUCAAGCGCAAGUUGGGCUUGUCACCGUUGCGGCAACUUGCGUUCGUGCUUGAGACGCAAAAAGAAGAUAUCCAAGCGAAGUUGAUCCUUGUUUUUGUCUAUGUGACGCAGUUGACGCUGGCACAUCCAGGUACGCACACAAAUCGCACAGCACCCCCUUAA